AUGUCGUGGCAGGCGGCCGCGCUGGCGCUGCUGCUGCUGCAGGUGUCCUGCAAGGAGCUGACUGAGCCUGUCAACGACCAGAACCUGCCGCAAGCUCAGGACCCCAACUUCAGCGACGGAGACGUCACUGCGUAUGACGAAUACGAGAAUGAAGCUGAUUUGGGAGACUUUCGAGGAUUAGGAACAGGCCCUACCCGCAGACCUGUGUCCAUUGGAGUUCGAGGCGAACAAACCGGAUACCCAAGAGUGAAAGUCAGCGUGCGUCAACUAAGACUGGUUAGGGGACAAAGCCGGACAGUAGACUGCACUCCCGAGGGCUACCCUCUCCCGUCUAUACAGUGGACCAAGGAAGAAGGCGGUUUCGGCUCACGGACCAGACAAAGCGGGAACCUGCUGAUAAUAUCGAAUGCCCAGGACGAGGACCGGGGCAACUACGUGUGCACCGGCCUCGUCAACGGAAACGCCGUCUACACCGAUUAUCUUACCGUCGAUAUUGUUGGUGGCGAAACAAGCCCGCGCUGUAUCGACCAAGGGCACUCGUACGUGGAGGGCGAAACCUGGAGCCCCAACAACUGCACGCUCUGCCAGUGCUUCGGCGGCCGCACCAACUGCUCAGUACUGCCUGCUUGUCUCACAGGGGAGCAAGCGGGACCUUCCAGAGUUAGAAUUAGUGAGCGUCAACUGAGGAUAGCAAGAGGACAAAGCCGGACUGUUGACUGCUCUCCCGAGGGAUUCCCAGUCCCAAUCAUACAAUGGAACAAGGAAGGUGGCGGGUUUGGAAAGGGAACGCGUCAAAGUGGGAACGCGCUGGUGAUAACUGACGCCCACGAAGAUGAUCGCGGGACGUACGUGUGCGCCGGCGUAGUGGCGGGGAGAACCGUCGCCAGCGAGUACCUCACCCUUGAGAUAGUAGGAGGUCAUAGUCAUGCAGCUGCAGCAGGCACAUCUGUCCGCGGCGUGACGGGAGCUGUCGGUGAGGAGGGUCCCCCAGGGCCCCCCGGAGCGCCGGGCACCAGCGGCGUCCCCGGCGCGCCCGGCCUGCCUGGCCCUACCGGCCCGCUGCCUGAUGUAAACGAACAUUUGAGACGACAAGUAGCGAGUAACGGAGAUAAAGGGCCAGCAUUCGAUCCCUACAACUACAUGCAAGCUUCUGUAGGCGCCCCGGGCAUUAGAGGUGUACAGGGACCACCAGGACCACCGGGACCGCAAGGGUUCCAGGGACCACGAGGCGAGCCUGGCGAGCCGGGUUUGCCUGGACAGCAAGGACCCCCGGGUGAAAGGGGACCCCAAGGAUUGGCUGGAAAAGAUGGAUCUUCGGGCGACGACGGCGAGCCGGGUCCGGCGGGCGCGGCCGGACAACCGGGCCCGCGCGGGGCCCCGGGCCUGCCCGGCAUCCAGGGUCUCAAGGGCCACCGCGGCUUCGACGGCAAGGACGGCGCCAAGGGCGACCAGGGGCUCGCGGGUGAGAAGGGACCGACCGGCCAGCCUGGAGUUAUGGGACCACCUGGCCCUGUGGGUCCGAUGGGACCGCGCGGAGAGAGAGGUCGCGAAGGCUCUCCGGGUGCUCCCGGCAUGCGCGGCGUGGACGGUGUGGCGGGACCACCAGGACCUGUGGGCAACGUUGGAAAACCUGGUUCUCCAGGAUUUCCAGGCGCACCAGGGCUAAAGGGCGAACAAGGCGCAGUAGGCCCCCAGGGCAGCCAAGGCAUGCAAGGUCCCAGGGGAGAAUCGGGACGGCCAGGUCAACCCGGAGAAAUUGGCCCGCAGGGCCUCGCUGGCCGUGACGGUAUCCCUGGAGAGAAGGGUGUGGCUGGUCAAUCAGGAAACGCGGGGCCUCAAGGCUUCCCUGGGCCCAGAGGCUUACCUGGUGUAGCUGGCGACCCCGGAAUUCAUGGUGCUAAAGGAGAACCGGGUCAAAUUGGAGAAAGAGGUGUGAGAGGCGAACCCGGCAUCAGAGGGGAGCCUGGUGCUCCAGGACCACGUGGUCUGCCAGGAAGUGUUGGAUCAGAGGGCAAACGCGGGAAGCGAGGGCUUAGGGGACCUGCCGGUAACCUUGGACCUCAAGGAGAAAGGGGUCAGCCAGGGUUGAGAGGUUUGCCCGGUCCUGAUGGACCGAUUGGAGCUCGGGGCCAACCAGGUGAAAGAGGAAAUGUUGGUUUACCUGGUGAGAAAGGUAUUACUGGUGACGCUGGAAGACCUGGUCCUCAAGGAUUGCAAGGUCCUAGAGGUGUAGUGGGCCGACCAGGAAUAUCUGGCAAACAAGGGCCCCCUGGAGACCGUGGAAUACCUGGAGCAGACGGCAGGCCCGGAGAAAUGGGACCUCAAGGCUUACAAGGAACUCCUGGACCCAUGGGCAGCCCGGGCGAACGAGGAUUGCAAGGUGAACCUGGAAAAGACGGAGAAAUGGGUCAACCUGGACCUGAAGGCCGGAAGGGCGAUGCAGGACGGGAUGGUAGCCCUGGUAUCCAGGGCGCACAGGGUCUUCCGGGACCCGCCGGUGAAAGAGGACCAGCUGGACCAGCAGGCCCUACUGGGUUCCCUGGUAUGCCGGGAGCCGCCGGUCUACCCGGCUCGUCAGGCAAGGACGGCGAGCCCGGCGUGGCGGGGCCUGCGGGCCCUCCGGGGCCGGCCGGGCCGAGAGGCGAGAGGGGCUUCAACGGCGAUCGCGGUCUCCCCGGGCCAACUGGUGCGACCGGCGAGAAAGGUGACGUGGGAGCGCAGGGACCUGAUGGACCCGCGGGUCCGGAAGGUCCUAGAGGCAGCAAAGGUCAACAAGGGCACCCCGGAGCUUUGGGCUUACCGGGACCGAGAGGACCCACUGGUGCUUCAGGCGAAAAAGGCGAACGGGGUUCACCUGGUCCCACGGGCAAUGAUGGACCUGUUGGUCGUCAAGGAGAACAAGGCUCACAAGGGCCCGUGGGCCCGGCCGGGCCGCCCGGGGAGCCGGCGGAGAGAGGCGAACCCGGCGCGCCCGGCACGCCCGGAGAGGCGGGCGCCAACGGCUCGCCUGGUGAACGCGGCCAGCCCGGCCUGCAGGGCGCGCAGGGCUUGCCCGGAUCUCCCGGGCUUACAGGCAUGCCUGGGAUCAAGGGCGACAGGGGCUACAGCGGACCCAAGGGCCAACAAGGAGCAUCUGGCAGCCCAGGCAUUGCUGGAGAGCCUGGUCUACGAGGACUGCCGGGUUUAGCGGGCGCUAAGGGGGCACGGGGCGAGCAUGGCCCCAAGGGAGAAUCAGGCCAUCCCGGUCUACCGGGAAGACCCGGUGACCUUGGACCGCAGGGUCCUCAAGGUAGCCCCGGUCCAGCGGGAACACCCGGUAUUGCCGGACCAAAAGGAGCAACCGGAGAUGCAGGCCGACCGGGAGCUCCAGGUCCCCAAGGGCUCACAGGCCCUCAGGGUCUAGAAGGUGUGAAGGGCGAGAGAGGCAACGAGGGUGAAACUGGACCUCAGGGGCCAGCUGGACCGGCGGGACCUCCCGGCGAGAGGGGACCAAGUGGCUUGCCGGGAAUGGCAGGACAGCCAGGGCCUCAAGGAUUACGUGGAGCUCAGGGUGAAAGUGGAACUCCGGGCAAAUCAGGUGCUGAUGGCGCUCCAGGCCCCAUAGGCGCCCCUGGACUACAAGGUCCCCCUGGUCCCAUGGGAGAGCAAGGGCCGGAGGGACGUCCCGGGAAGCUGGGACAGCCGGGAAUCCCCGGCAGGCCUGGAGACAAGGGACCGGCCGGGCAGCCGGGUAUUUCUGGACCAGCUGGUACUCCUGGAUUACAGGGCCCUCCUGGACAAGCUGGAUCUCCCGGGCCGGCGGGUGAGCGCGGACUGCGCGGCGAACCCGGUCCCGCCGGCGUGGACGGACCUCGAGGACCGGCUGGCAAGCAGGGAGCUCCCGGCCUGGACGGCGCUAAAGGAGAGAGGGGCGAAGCUGGCUUAGAUGGAGCUAAGGGUCACGCCGGUCUCCCAGGCUUGCCGGGAAUGGUCGGUGCGCCUGGACGCGUGGGAGAACGAGGCCUGCCCGGACCGAUGGGACCGCCAGGAAAAGACGGCGAUUCUGGCCCUAGAGGCACACCCGGCCGUGAUGGCGCUCCUGGCCCACAAGGUCCAGCGGGCCCACCUGGAGGCCGGGGACCCGCCGGCGAACCCGGACGGCACGGACCUCCGGGCCCGGCCGGGCCGCCGGGACCCCCCGGACCCGCUGGCGAAGGCCUGGCUUAUGACGCUGCUGCUCUUGCUGCGAUGAUGCAACAAGGUUCAAUAAAAGGCCCCGACCCACUCAACGACGAUCCUAACAUGCUGCCGGCGCGUUUCUUCAAGAACGACAUGACCGACGCCGAACGAAAGGAGAUAGUGACCAAGGCGUACGAACGUCUGAAGGUGUCGCUGGACAAAUUCCUGCGGCCGGAUGGCUCGCAAGGCGCGCCUGGCAAGACCUGUGGGGACAUAAAGUAUCAUCACCCUGGGUUUAAGAGCGGUCAGUACUGGAUCGACCCGAACGGCGGCGACAUCAACGACGCGAUCCUGGUGCACUGUGAUAUGGCUACGGGCAGCAGCUGCAUCUACCCCAAGCCUAGGGAGUCCAAGGACAUCUCUUACAAGGGCAAGGAGAAAGAGGUCUGGCUUAGCGAGCUGGAAGAUGGUUUCACUAUCAAUUACAAGGCCGACCACAGCCAGCUGACGUACUUGCAGCUCUUAUCGGGCCGCGCCUCGCAGAACGUGACGCUGCACUGCCGCAACACCGUCGGCUACUACGACCCCGGGGCACACAACCACCGCCGCGGACUCAAGCUGCUCGCCUACACUGACGCCGAGAUCCUGCCCCGCGCCAACAACCGCCUGCGGUACUCCGCCGUGCUGGAUGACUGCCAGUACAAGUCGCCAGAAUGGGCAAAGACGAUCGUGGAGUACUCGACAGACAAGUCCGGGCGGCUGCCGCUGCUAGAUGUGGCGGUUCGCGACCUCGGCCGCGGCCAGCAGGCCUUCCGCGUCGAGCUCGGCCUUGCCUGCUUCACGUAGCCAACACGCUAACCCCGGUAGCCCCAUUCUCGAUGCUUCAAAUUACAAGUGGCGGCACGUAACUUUGACGCUGAGUGAAAUCUGGAGCUACGUAUGGGGACGCAUACCCUUCGCCCCCUGUAAUUCCUUGAGAGACCUGUUUUUGACUUCUGCGCAAUAACGGUGAGCGCUAAAGUUACGUGCCGCGACUUGUAGGUACUUAGUGUUAGUCGCUGAAUAAUAUGACAAAUUGAAAAGACUUCCGCUUGGAACAUGUAACUUUUGGAGUUGAGAAAUGGGCCACAGGUCGUACUGUGAGCCAAUUUGUGAAGUGAGAAGGUUCUACAGUGGCGUAGGAUUCGAAUUGGUUGCCUGUACAAUUUAUCUUAAUGCUAGACCGUACAUUUUACAAGUUUUAAUAAUGAGGGCUAGCUUUUUGUGCUCAUCUGGAGUCUCUGUAGAUGGUGGUCAAAUGUUAGCUGAUUUACACUCGCGGAUCUUGGCUUGUCUUGUCAUUUGCACACGACACGAGUGCAAAUAAACAAGGUAUGACAUACAUUAUAGAUUACCAUCUGCACUUUAUGCCUCUAACGGUGAAUUCACUCGCGUUAACUUCAAACUUCGGUUAACAAAUAAUGCCCUCUAGUUUGACAAUUGAGUUAAUAGGAUUCUUAUUAUUACAACGUACGAAGAUGUACAGCUACAUUUACAUUAGCUAUCAAAUUGUAAGCAUAUCGUCAUUAGUAAUUAAAAUCGAGACUUUUUUAACUAUAUGACCAUGACCUUCUACCCUUGCUGUGCUAUUGCAGCGCACUGGUAGAAGAUAGAAAAUGUUUCAGGAUGAACUAAUAUGGUGCUAUCUCAUAUGACUAAUAAGCGAUAUUGUGAUGCUGAUUUACUCUAAGAAAUGUAGUUUUUUUGUACCUAUUGUAGUGUUAAGCAUACCAAAGAUUAGUAUUAUUCUACAUUCUUGCAGCAGAAUGUGUUAAAAUGAAAUAA